CUUUGUUGUAGAUUUCUUGUAGGUUUUCCAGCAGAUUUUUUUUUUCAAAGUGUGGCAAUGGAGCCGAGCUGGAGUACCUUCUUGUUUCAGCAGGCCAAUGACGCCCUGCACCACCAGCAUCCGGUGGGCCCAAACAGCCUGCUGCCACUGCUGAACGCCAGCACCGAGCCGCAGGACCAGAAGCCCAUCAUGCCCAUCCCACUGGAUCAGAAGCCUCCGGUGAGCUCCGCCGACAUCCUCAAGGACAGCAUGGGCAACCUGACAGGGGCUGGAGGAGGGGGUCAUGGUGGAGGCGGUGGCAUUGGCGCACCAAUGGCCAUAGUGAAGAAAGAACCCAAAAGCAAAACGCCAUUUAUCUGCGGCUACUGCAACAAGUCCUUUCGAGACAGCUACCACCUUCGUCGGCACGAGUCGUGUCACACCGGCGUUAAGAUGGUGUCGCGACCUAAAAAGACAGCGCAAACCACGGCGCCCACGAUGGUGCCACUGCUUUCAAGCAUGGCGCGAGAAAACAACGUUAACCCCUCAUACAUCCUCACCACGGCCGCAACAUCAGGUUCGGGUGUCAUGGUGCCGACCUCCACGGUGGCACAGUGCCAGCCGAGUGCACCCAAGAAGCCGGCCAAGCCUGUGAAGAAGAACCACGGCUGCGAGAUGUGCGGCAAGGCCUUCCGAGAUGUCUACCACUUGAACAGACACAAGUUGUCUCACUCGGACGAGAAACCAUUCGAGUGCCCAAUCUGCCAGCAGCGAUUCAAGAGGAAAGACCGCAUGACGUACCACGUACGCUCGCAUGAUGGCGGCGUCCACAAACCCUACGUCUGCUCUGUCUGUGGGAAGGGUUUCUCCAGGCCUGACCAUCUCAGCUGCCAUGUCAAACAUGUGCAUUCCUCAGAGAGACCGUUUAAGUGCCAAGUAACGGCCUGCACGUCGGCCUUUGCCACCAAAGACAGACUGCGCUCUCACAUGAUCCGGCAUGAGGGCAAGGUCACGUGCAACAUCUGCGGCAAGAUGCUCAGCGCCGCCUACAUCACCAGCCACUUAAAGACGCACGGCCAGACGAACUUCAAUAACUCCUGUAACAAAGGGGACUGGCAGUGGAAUUCUUCAGUCCUGCAAAAAGACAACAACGAGAUAUGCCACUCAGGCACGGCCACGCCCGUCACGAUUUCUGCGCCAGCCACUUCACAGAUGAACCGCAUCAACGCGAGCACUGCCGUGACCAUCGGCGCUCAGAUGAACCUGAGCACCACGGUAAACACGGUGAACAUCACGUCAGCGCCAGUGAGUUUGCAGCACCCGGUGACCAUCACGGGCCCGGUCAACAUCGCCUCCGUGAACAUCCCAGCCACGGCGUCGGCCAUGAACAUCGCCCACCCGGUGGCCAUCACCACGCCCAUGUCCAUGAACAUCGCCGCGCCGCUCAACAUCGCCAUGCGCUCCAUGGACAGCAUGCCCUUCCUCUCGCAGGUCCUGCCUUCCUCGCCUCCAUGGUGAACCGCAUCGGAACCUGACCUUAACCUGAUUCUCCUAACCAGCUGACUCCGCCCCCACAAUCCCCAAUCAAUGAGUGUUUACGCUCGUGCCGCGGCCGUACAAGCCGCUUCUCGAGCAUCGCUGCAACGACGAUGGAGUUUUAUUUUUUUUGAAGGAUUUCUAACCUAGAUUUGAUUCGUUCAUGGUUUGAUGACGAAUAUUUAGUGACACUGAGCGCAAGCAGACCUCAUUGAGGGUUUUCAAGGACAAAUGCAAUAAGUGCUGAUUUUUUUAUACAUACAUAUAUAUAUUUUUGGUCAGGUCCAUAAGUAUUUGAACAGCGACGAUUUUUAUAUUUUUGCUUCUGUACGCUACAGCAAUAGAUUUGAAAUGAAAAUGAAGUCACUGUCCAAAUACUUACGGACCUGGCUGUGUGUAUAUUUUUCCUUCCCAGGAAAUUGGGAUUCCUUCUUCUUCUUUUUUUUUUCUUCGUUGUUUAGCUGUAGCCUGUUAAUCAGUAUUUAAUUUUCUUUCUAAGGAAAUGAGUUUUAAAGGCAUAAAGGCUUUUUAUAAGAGGGAGGUUUUAAUUUUUUAUUAUUUUUUUUUUUUACAGGAAAUGGAGGGUGAUUUAUGAUUUGAGGUACCAUAACUGUAUUUUACUGUACAGUUGCCUAUGCUGAUGCUUGCCAACUACAGUUUCUUUUUUUUUAAUGGCUGCAGUGUUCAUACACUGACUUGUGACUGUUAUUUUCUUCAUGCGUUGUUUAAUAAGGACGGCUGGGGUGUGCUUUGUUUACUCGAACAACAGUUACUUUAUUAUUAUUAUUAUUAUUUUUUAAUCAGGAAUGGAUAGAGGAAAGAUUCUUGCACUGAAAGCAUACCCCUUGUGUACAACAACAGUAUUAUCAACGAUCAAACCUGUUUCGGGGAACAAGCCUGGACAGACCCGGGCCAUCUCGUGACUGGCAAAAGCUGCACCUCAAAAAAACUCGAGUUCAAUUUGAUUUGGACUGGAUUCAUGUCGAAAAGACUAGUAGGUAGCAUUUUAUACCCUUGUGUGUUUUUUCUUUUAACCUCACAAUGAACUUUUUUUUAUCCUAUAAACAAGGGCCCUGUUAGGAGUAAUUUUCUACUCAGGAAACCCCGUCAACUACUUUAAAAUAUAAUUUUAAUAAUAAUAUCCAGCAGCCUGGAAUCUUGUUCUUAGUUUUGUUUUGUAAAUAUGUUUUGUUUUUUUUUUUGGUUUUUUUAAUGCGCCCUGUUAUCCCUCAUUAUAAUAUUGGGGGAAAACUGAACAACAGUUCUCACCGUCCAUUAUUAAUGGAACACUUCCAUCUUUGCUCUUAAAGGGAACUCUGACUCUCUUGCUUUGCGGUUUGAAGCACGCCCUCAUCGACCUUCCAUCAUCAUUUGCAUGUGCAUGUCUUCUGGGUGGCGACUUGCAGAAAAAGCCGAUGACGAUUAACUUUAUACUAUUACGCUGGAUUACAUUGCUAUUCAAAUGAGUACUAUAGGUCCUCAUUUGGUUCCUUAUAUAGGUCCUUUUGUCUUUUAACAUGAUCAAGAAUUGGAAGAUGAUAGUGAGCUGCUCUGUCAAACAACCUUAUAUGUACAUCUACAGUAGGGAUGGGAAUCAUCAGGGGCCACCCGAUAAGAUACUAUCGCGAUACCUAGGUGGCGAUUCGAUUUGUACUGCAAUUCUGUAAAUGUCGCGGUUUUAUUCAUAUCACAAUUCGAAAUAUAUAUAAUAUUAGAUUUUGUUACAAUUCCAGCCAAACUUGGCAAAUAAUCUGUUCCUACCACGCAGGACGAUGUGCUACCUGCCAGGGUGUAAAUAGUUUAGAGAGCACCACCUGUAGGAUUAUAGAGGAAAGCCAACAUUUCACCACCUCUAAGGCAAACAUAUAUAAAUUUAAAAAAAUAUUUUAGAACAUCAAUUUUGGAGGCAGUGUGCCAAUACAUGAAUUGUCACAUGAAAGAAUCGCAAUACAUCUCCCCGCAUCCCUAGUAUACAGUGUGUGUGUAUAUAGGCGGUGGGUGGUGCAUUUAACAUAAAAGUCUUAGAAAUUAAUUUUCAUGUACAGAUUGAGAGAUUGGCUACAUUACCACAAAAAUUAAACAUUUAUAAUUAAACAGUUUUAAAUAUGAAAUAUUUUUGGUCACAUUAACUUCUCUGAAUCCUAGGGAUGGGAAUCACCAGCGACCAUCCGAUCUCUACUAAAUACCAUCCUCCAUGAACUUGCAUUUUGUUGCAAUACCAAUCAUUUCUAAAUCUACAAGGCUCCUUUAUAACAGUAUGUAAUUUUAUGUCUUCAUAACAUAACAGUACGUAAUUAUGGACUGUAUGAAUGCCGUACAAAGCCGGUACUUGCUGUAUCAUGACCAUGGUACCUGUGCACCGGGUCCAAGCUGGUGAUUAAUAAAAGACAAUUAGAUUUUAAGAGGCAUGGUCUUGGAUAUAUGAGGUAGAUUUGACAUACCUGAUGCACUGUCAGAUAUCAGUGCUGUAGUGAAUGGUGCUAAAGCCGGAGUGAAACGAUCACAAUGCACUGAACGAUAAUGUUUAUACAUGGUGCUCAUAUGGCUUUAAUGAAUACGGCAAGAAUUCGGUCUCAUCUACGACUGGUUUGAUCUUUACUGGCUGUAAAAUGCGAGCCAACCCUAAAUCAUGAGGGCGGGACCUAAACGCAUUUUUUAGUGCACCCCCAUCAGCCGCACUUUUAAAGCUGAUGCGGCUCUGAGAUUAACUAUUUAAGGCUACAAAUAUCAUGCUGAAAGUGGACGAAAUUAUGAAAAUUUCCAGGAAUCUGGAAUGUCAAAAAAAAUAUAUAUAUUGCAUAAUUUAAACUAACUAGUGACAGCUUUCAACUGGUGUCCUUUUCACUAACGUCUAAAAUAUUCAAUGUUUUAAUCGCUAUUCUCACACCAGUUGCUGUGUUGCGACGCCAGCAAUUAAAAGCUUAACACUUUUUCUCAGUAUCACCCUACAAUAUGAAGACACCACACAUUAGCUAGUGCUAAUGCAAUAGGAUUGCUAGGUCUUGUUCAUUUAGUUAUUAAUUUUUAAUGACUACAGCGCCACCUGCAGUAUUGGAGCACUAACGGCUAGACAGCAAGCACAUGACGUUGGUUUCAUUUCUGCAUUAACUAUGCUAAGGUCUUUAGGGUGACAUUUAAGCCAUCUUUCUUUUAUGAAGGUAAGACAACAAGGGCAUGUUUACAAACUGGAUUUUUUUUUUUUUUUGUGUUUCUUUAAACCAGAGGAUUGUCACUACUUAAACACGGCAUUUAAGAGACGGGUCCAGAAGGAAGCGUACGCUGUUGGUCAAUACGAGGGUCCAGAGCCCUGCUAAUGUGAUGUUAGGUACACUGUGUAAUCCAGUGUCGGUACACAGCUUUGUGAUGAUAUUGCUUUUUUUUUUUCUUUUUUUUUUUUCUUUUUUUCACUCCAUGUCACUAAAGUGAGGAAGUUCUUAAGUGAUGCAGACACAACACUAACGUUUCUAAGAGGUUUAUUUUGGUCAGUAGUUUAAGGCAUGUGCCGAUAAUCGGUUUUACGAUAUACUGCAAUAAUUACAUGCAAUAUUCUUAUUGUUAUUGUAGACGCGUCACAGAAUGAUCCAAGCUUUUAUAUAUAUAUAUACAUCGCCAUAUAUAUAUAUAAAGGUAGUAUCUUGUGUGUCAAGUUUACAAAGCAAGUCUCCUGCCUUAAUUAAUUGCUAUAAACUUUAAUAAUGAGUUUAUACUGAUUAAAUAUCGGCACAUGCCUAAGCGGACGCUGAUGUCGAACGCGUUCAGUGUCUUUUUUCUGACAGGAAUUACAUUCCCCGAUCACCAAAAAAACAUGUGCAUGUAAGGGUUUGUUUUAGUUCCUAUCUUUGGUUUCGAAGAGACUGUUGGUGUUGCCUUUUAUGUAUUUUGUCGUUUUUUUUUUUCUCGUCUUUUUUCAAUUGCUGUCCCAUUUAUUUGCCAAGUUCACACUUGUUUUAAACUCUGAGUUGAGUUGUAUUUCAGUUUUUAGUGAAUGAACAAUUUGGGAAACCCCUGUGAAGGCAGUUGAAUGUAUAUCUUUGUACAAAACACGGUUUAGCUCUGAGGACAUGGUAGUUACCGUACGAAUAGACACACGUGAGCGACAGAGACGCGAGAUAACCUUUUUAUUAGGACAUUAACAACAGUAAUUUUUUGUAUAUAUGAAGACUAGGCUUUCUGAUUAGCAGAAAGAGAAAACAUUCCUACAUUUUUUUAAAUGUAUGUUUGUCAAAGAGUUAUGUAAACAUGCGCAAUGUUUUAUGUGCCUUUUAUUUGGGUUGUCUAAAUAAAAGAAAACUAUAAAACAUGA